AUGCGCAAUACUACUGGUGCCACAGCUACGAGCCUUUUCACGGCUCUCAUUCGAACCCAUCACAUCACGAGUCGCAAGAAACUCCAGCGCGUCAAAAAGGCAGCAUCACAACAUCAGCUGCCCUUCGUCCUUAUUAGAAGUGGUGGAUCACCAGGCAUCAUGUAUGCCGAAGGCGCUGAGACUAGCGUUAAUGCUUGGGUAAGCUUCGUGCGAAGCCUUCGGUACAAGGACUUCCAGUGCCCGCGGAAACCAGCAGAGAACAGCGUGUUGGUGCCAGCCCACACGACUCUAGGCAGUUUUGAAGAAGUUACAUCGAUAACUGAAUUUGGUCAUCGCAUGGAGCAAAGGGGUCUCGGUUCGUGGUGGAAGCUUGCAAUGGGAUACAGCUCACCAGACUAA